CUCUCUUCUCGUUGACCGACCCGAAAGAAAGGUGUGCCAACAAUGUCGUGGUUCUCGAACCAAUGGAACAAGUUUAUGGGACCCGACGAGGAUGCACCGAGGGAGCCGGUCCGCCGAGUCGAGGUCAUCUGGGGUCGCGAGAGGCUCGUGGUUCAACUCGAUCGAGGGGGCGGAGGGAGCAGCGCCGGAGCCGGCGGAGGAGGCGGAGGGCCUCUGGCCCAGCCAGCUCCGUUGACAUUGGCCGACCUCAAGCAGCGCCUGGUCCAGAUGACUUCGGUUCCGUAUGGCCAGCUCAAGCUCAUCUACCAAGGCCUGGUCCUGAAAGACGACGGGGCCUCGCUCGCCUCGUACAACAUUCAAAACGGAUCCAGACUGAUGCUCGUGGGCACACGAGGGGGUGUUCCAGCGACGGGCGACAUGCCCGGGCAGAAGUCGAGCAUCUACGACCAGGCAGGUGGGGCGGCGGGCGCGUCGGGCGCAGUUCCUCGGGCCUUGACAAAGGGCGAGGAGCUGGCGAUGCGCAAAAGGCAGCGGGAGGAGGACGUGAGCGAGGCAGGGCUGAUGGGCAGAAUCAACGAAGCAGUCGAAGGGGUCCGCAAAGAACUCUUGCCCGAAGUCAAAGAAUUUGUCAGAACAACAACAGCGGCGGGAAAGGUGCCGGCGGAACAGAAGGACAAGCUAGCGUUGCAGCACCGCAAGCUCUCUGAAUUCCUCCUCCGUGCCCUCCUCACACUCGAUGGCAUCGCUGUCAACACAGACGAGACACGCAAGCACAGAAAAGCCGCCGUCAAAGAGGUCCAGGGCCAUCUAGACCAAGUAGACGAAGCAUGGCAACAUUUCAAGGAGGCAUCCAAGGGUAGUGUGGGCGAAAACAGCAUCAAAUCAUAGUAGCCGAGAGAGCACAAGCAUCCGAAAUCACAUGUACAAUCACAACUAGAUCCCAUUGACCCCAUUGACAAAAGAAAAACGGAAAGAUGGUAUAGUAGCAAAGGGUUCAAUGCAAUGCAUCACCGUCUUCUCUCAUCAUCGAAAGGAUCGUCGUCCUCCUCGUCUUCGUCAUCGUCAAAUAAGACGUGGUGGCCUUGGCCACCAUUCCCAGUCACGUUUCCAUUCAUUUGCGCAUCGGAGCGGUCAUUCUUUGCCCUCUUGCCCUCGAGCCUGUUCAUCUCGAGGGAACCAGAGCUGCCGCUAACUACGCCUUCCUCCGAGUCCUCGUCGACGCGCAGCGGAGCCGAUUCACCCAUGCUG